GGGAGCUAGGGGGAAGUCUCGGCCGCAGUUGAGCUCAUCAAAACGGCUGCUGCUGGAUUCAGAGAGCAGGAGAGGAAAUUUUUCCGUAGCAUGCUAUAAAUUCACACUUAAAAAAAAGAAAAAAAAAAGGGGGUAAGCUGACAUAUCACCAAACAUGAAGACGGUUGUUGCUUGGUUUUAAAAGCCCUUCAACAAAAGUAAGAGCCUGGAUAACUAUCACCUGCCAGAGCCCUGAGUGGGCUGCUGAUAACACCAGGUCGGACUAUUGGAUUACCUGCCAGCAUUUUUCCAGUUUUUCACCACACCUUUGUCCCCCCCUUUUAGACAAAUUCGAAGUCAUAUUUUCACCCUAGUUUGGCAGCAAGGCUGCUCCCCUACAUCCAGAUGAAUGAAGACCCCAUUCGGGAAGAACGCAGGCCAGAGAUCCAGAGCUGAUGCAGGACAUGCCGGAGUCUCUGCAAAUAUGAUGAAGAAAAAGAAUUCCCACAAAAAACACAAAAGCAGCGUGGGGCCCACCAAAGUGUCCCAGCCCCGGCGAAACAUAGUGGGCUGCCGCAUACAGCACAUCUGGAAGGAAGGCAGCGGAGCAGCAUCCCAGUGGAAGGGCACGGUGUUAGACCAAGUGCCGGUCAACCCAUCCCUCUAUCUAAUCAAGUACGAUGGGUUCGACUGCGUAUACGGCCUGGAGCUGCACAAAGACGAGCGAGUGCAGGGGCUGGAAGUCUUGCCGGACCGUGUAGCUUCCACGCGCAUCAGCGACGCACAUCUGGCAGACACGAUGAUAGGCAAGGCAGUGGAGCACAUGUUCGAGACGGAGGAAGGCUCGAAGGACGAGUGGCGGGGCAUGGUGUUGGCUCGUGCCCCUAUUAUGAACACAUGGUUUUAUAUCACUUAUGAAAAGGACCCAGUCCUCUACAUGUAUCAGCUGCUUGACGACUACAAGGACGGAGACUUGAGGAUCAUGCCAGAUUCGAACGAUUCUCCCCCAGCGGAGCGCGAGCCCGGAGAGGUGGUGGACAGCCUCGUCGGAAAGCAAGUGGAGUACGCCAAAGAGGACGGCUCCAAACGGACUGGCAUGGUCAUACACCAGGUGGAGGCCAAGCCCUCCGUCUAUUUCAUCAAGUUCGACGACGAUUUUCACAUUUAUGUGUACGACUUGGUGAAAACAUCGUAGGCGGGAAAAGAAAAGAGGUCCAGGAAGCCCGGGAUGAGAUUGUCUACGGAUGGGAUUCACAAACUCUGCCAAAAGUCCUCACGGAACGUUUCUUUGCACCAUCCUACCGGAGAUGUGUAUUGGUGAUGGAUAUUUCACUGGAGCCUUGGAUUGCCACUAGUUAAGUGUUUGUUUGUUUUUUCCCUCGUUUCCACACGAAAGGGAUGGGUGUUGUUUUGACAUGUUAUUCCCUAAACAAAAGUAGCUACAUGUUUAUAUUGUCUUCUUAUUUUUUUUUUUAAUUGUUGCUCAUUCCUGUUGAAUAACAGGCGUACAUCAUUUCCACUCGUGAACGGGAGAACCUGAGGUCAGCCUCCGCGUCUCUGCUUUUAAAAUUCGGGCACUUUGAUGACAGAGAGACUCGGCCUUUAACGCUAAAGAUUUCAUUCGCUAUGAUGGAGUUCAACCAUAUAGCACACCGCAAGAACGGACGAAAGUCUCAGUUACUCCCUACAAAUCCACACCUACUACAAAUUUUACUCAUCUGUUUGAUAGAUGAUGCGUAUUUGUAGUUUUGCUCACCAGCUUCUUCCAUGCUGUGAUUUUUGUUUGUUCGUUCGUUCGUCCGUUUGUUGUUGUUUUUUGAAUGAUCGACUCCACAUUAUUCCAUGGUCUCUCGGUUAUCGUAAGCACUAAUGUAUUUUUCGCCUCAGCGACAUAUCGGAGCACUUGGUUAUCUUCUUUUCAAAAAUCUACAUGAUUACAAAAUUCAGCCAUUUCUCUGAAAGCCAUUUUUAAGUAUUCAUUUGAAGAAAAAGAAAAAAAAGAAAGAAAAGGCUAACAGAAUCGGUUAUAUAGUACUUGGCUCAUCGAUGGCUUCGUAAAUGUGUUUUGCGAUUUGUAUUCCAUGCUGUUUCGUGGAUGGCUCCUAAUCGUCUUCGUUUUCUUUAGCGCUGUGUUUUAUUUCACUACAACACAGGUCCAAUGGUUCGAUUUCCACUUCCUUCGCGUUCUGAAACGAACACGCGUGGAAACAUUGGCCAAAUAUUCUUAGAAGACUAUUGACUGAAGAUUAACAAUACUAAGAAAACUGCAAUAAUAAGUUUUAAGUAUUCAGGUAGUACAUGGCAACCCAUUCUAAUCUUAUUCCAUCAACACGUAGCUUCUUACACAGUUAGCCUAUUGAGAUUGUUUGGGUUUUUUGUUUUUUUAACGUCGAAGUGUUUGUGCCUCGUCUGCUUUUCAGAAUUCUUUUUUACGUCCCUAAUAGAGGUUUGUGUGCGUGCAUGCGUGUGUGUGUGUGUGUGUGUGUGAGAUGACCUGAGGGGUUUUCUCUCCUCAGGAAUGUUACAAUGUUGAAAGUUACACAUACAGCCACAUAUGUUAAUCAUUACCUCAUGAGUUUUUUUCUUUUCUUUUUCUUCUCCUCUUCACAAGUAUCUGUUCAGCCUAGAACGCUAGACCGGUUCUUUUCAAGCAGUGUUCACUCGCAGUCCAAAAUCGUAAACAUGUAUGUUUAAAAAGAAACGAAACAACAAGGACAAGACAACUCUUGUCACUUUUGAUACACACGAUGGCUUUAUUUCAACCAUAAACAGUGGAAAUGAUGUCACAGCCGUUUAACCGUACGACCUUAACGCUUAGCUUACCAAAUAAGAGAGUGUGGGGGGAAAAAAAUGACGACAAAAAAAAAAAAAAAGAGGAACCGGUGUCCAUUAACCCAUUGUGAUUCAUAAGCAUUCGGGAAAACUGUAAGAAAAAAUUGUAUGCACCUUUUAGUAACCAUCGGAGCUUUGCGUUACAUCACAGACUUGUUUCAGGAGUGGCAUACGAACGUGUUAUUAUGCAAAACGGGACGCUCAGUUGGACGGUUCAGCCUUUUCUUUACACUUACCUACUGUAGUAUUGUACCGUGUUUGAUGUCCGGUCAACGUGGGAAAUUCAAACGGAGAAAAAAAAAAAAGGUUUUAAAAGAAAAAAAAAACUAUGAAUGCUAGGCCAUUCUUUUUUUGCAUGAUACGAGUAGAGUUGUAAGUGUACGUCAGUGUGAUGCAUGUGUACCCGUCUUUUCUUUCAGUUCUUUGUUUCCUAAAACAAAGCUUAUUGUGCUUGAUUGUGAGAAUCAGAUUAUUAUUUUUUCCUUAUUUUUUUUUUUUAUUAUUAUUAUUUAAGCUUCUCACCCAUUUCUAAAAUGAAAGUGUUUUAUUUUUCUUACUACGCUCUAUCAGAUCAAAUGCACUGGUGUUAUGUGGCGUGCCAACUGAAGGGCAAAGUACCAGUGUUACACAGCAUUUGAGGGAUCAUAUCGACUCGACACGUCAAACCGUACAAGCGUGAAAAUAAUCCAGAAGGAGAUCAGCUCCAGUUGUCGCUAAGAAUCCUGUAUAGGAGUUGUGUACAUGCGCACAUACGUGUGGGUCUGUGUGUGAAAUUUCAUACUGAAUCUCAUACAUAUCUAAUACGACUUUGUACAUUCGGAAGUAAGAGAAAGGGAAAGUGUUUUUAAUUGUUUUUUUUUUUAAUGUCUUUUUUUUUGUGGGUGUUUUCCUUCUCAGCGCACACAGUGAGAAGAACACAAACUCAUCAUUAUGAUCCCUUUGAGAUGCUGAUGCUCUUUGAUUACUUUGUUUAAAGAAAAAAGAAGAAAAAAAAACGAAAAAAAGGAGAAAAAGUGCAAUUUGAUGAUUGUCACAGAUUACAUGUAUAGAUUUCAUGUUCUUCGCUUCUACGGCUUCUAUCGGACGGCAUUUUCUUUUUCUAAACAUUGUAGAUAGCUCAUUUUAUUUGCAUUUAGAAGUAUAAACACAUUUUAAAACCUGUUACUUAAUUCUGUAAGUAAUUUUUAUAAUUAUUAUGUAAGUCUAUCCUUAUAAGAUAAAAAAUAAAACUUCAUGUGAAAUU